UAUAAAAAACAACAAAAACAAUAAAUAUAUGUAUACAUACAACAACUAAAAACUCAUAUAUCAGCUGAAUAAAAACAACAACAAAAACAAAUUAACUGCAUUAAACCAGGAAAAAAAGCAUACAACACGAAAAAAAAACUCCUCUGGGUCUGACUAAUCUUUUUUAUGAAUUACUCAUACUUUUUUACAUACAACUACCACAGCAACAACAACAACCAAAACGUUUAGUUUCAAUACUCUACAACACUGCCAAGGAGACUUUUUUUUUAAAUAAAAACAGUUGUUGGUGUUUUCUUACACACUCACUAGACUAUUUUGCUAAAUCGUCAAAAACACAAAAUUUUUAAAUAACGAAAUCAGUUUUUUAACAACGUGUUGUCAACGUCUUUGAAUGAGUGAUUAUGAAUUUUGAACUACGAGACCUUAAAACCAACAUUAACACAACAACAACAACAAGAAAGCAAAAAUUUUUUCAAAAUUUUUAAGAAAACUUGUUAAAGAAAUUAAAUUGAACAUGAUUUGUGAAUCAUUUGGUUUAAAUGAUUUUAAAGAAGACGUAGAGAUUUAGUGGAGAUACCAAUAACAACAAUAACGACAACAACAACAGCAGCAGCAGUGACAGCCGUAGCAACAUCAACAACAACGGCUGAAAUUACCAUAAAUCCCUAUAUGAUCACGGAUUUGGAACAAUCUUUAAUCGAGGAGUUAAUCGAAGAAAAUUUAAUGAAAUUAUAGAGAAGACGAAGAACACGAACAAGAAGAAUUUGAAAAUAAUACAAUAUAAGAGAACAGCAGCAGCAACAAACAACAGCAAGAAAUAGUUAAUGUUAAAGAUAUAAUAUUAACAGCAGCAGAAGAAGAGGCAAACGAAGACGAAGAAGAAUUAAUACGAAAUUCUAUACAUAUGAAGGAGUAUUGCUACAACAACAGCAACAACAAGAAAUAAUACAAUAUAAAGAAAAUUUAAUAAAAGCAAAAACAACAACAACUACUACUACAGCAGCAAAAAAAUUGAAAAAAAACUUUAGCAGCGACUGCGACAAAUAUUACUCAUAACCAACUUACAGCUGGUGGUAACAUAUGUACAAUAAAAACAACAAAACUAAAUACAACAAAAACAGCAAGAACAGCAAUAGCAGCAGCAACAGCGGCAGUAGUAGUAAUAAUAAAACUUGUAACACCAACAGCAACAACCAUCACAAUAUAUUUAAUAUUAACAGCAACAGUAACAGUAGUAAUACAAGCAAUAGCAGCAGUACCAGCAACAUUAGUAACACAACUAAUAACAGUAGUGUUAGUACGAAUAGCAUAGCAACAGUAACAGUAACAACAGCAGCAAUAGCAAUUUAAUAAAAACCUCCUCUAAUUUAAUAAAAACGCUUAAUGUCGAUGAUAAAAUCAAUAUAAAUUUUGAAAAUAAUUUAAAUUUUAUAAAUUUUAAUAAAAAUUUUAACAACAACAGCAAUAAUAAUAAUAACAACAAUAACAACAACACAAAUAUAAUCAAUCAAAAUUUAUAUCAACAUAACAACAACAAAUCCACACAAAUUUUAAAUAAAAUGGAACAACAAUUGCAACAGCAACAACAACAACAUCAACAGCAGCAAUUACAAAUGCAACAUCAACAACAACAACAGCAGCAGCAGCAACAAUCAAAUGUUGUUUUCGGUUCAGAACGUGUUAAUUUGAACUCAAGUACCCCGUAUUCAGAUGCCACACAAACCAAGAAACAUUCACCCGGUCACAUUAAACGACCCAUGAACGCAUUUAUGGUCUGGAGUCAAAUGGAGCGUAGAAAGAUUUGUGAAAAGACUCCCGAUCUACACAAUGCUGAGAUCUCAAAGGAAUUGGGCCGUAGAUGGCAACAGUUGGGUAAAGAGGAGAAACAGCCCUAUAUUAUUGAGGCGGAAAAGUUGCGCAAACUACACAUGAUCGAGUAUCCCGACUAUAAAUAUCGGCCACAAAAGAAACUCUCCAGGGCCAAUUCGGCUGGUGGCAAAAGUACCAAUGGCGAUAGUCAUAAUGACAGCAACAAUGAAUUGAAUUCCUCUUCCUCCUCCACCAAUUCGCAGAGAUCGCAAAACUCUGCUAGUACCACCGGCCCCAAGGCACCACGUAAAACCAAAAGGAAUUCCACCAGCAGCAGCACUACAACUAGCAAUUCCCUUAACUAUGCCCCAUCACCACCGUUUAAGAAACAAAGACACAACAGUACCAAAUCUCUUAAUCUCAGUACAGAUUAUGAAGAUGACGAUGUGAUAACUUCGGCCAAUUUAGAUAUUGACAGUAGUUAUUUGAAUGCAACAGCAACUGCUGGCAGUGAUUACAAUACAAUUACCUCAAGCAAUUUUUACACCUCAGAUGAUCUGAAUUCGGAUCUCAAUAAGAAUGUGAUGCUACAUGUUACCAAUAUGGAUGACAAUCAACAACAACAACAACAAAGACUUCCAGGUUUGGCAAGUCUAACGGCUGGUACGUUACACUUCAAAACCGAAACGGAUAACAACAAGUAUGAAGAUAGUUUUUUGAAAUUAAUAAAUCCUGAUAGUUAUUUUGAAAAUUCGGUGGAUUUGAAAGAAACAGACUGUGAUGGCUUAGCGGAUGUUUGUCCCAAAUUAGGCCAAUUGAUAACAUUGAUAAAUCCUUCCACGGACCUGCAUACUAAUACAACGCCCAAUAACAACACUCACCAACACCAGCAACAGCAACACCACCAACAGCAGCAGCAGCACCAUCAACAACAACAACAACGUUAUGUAACUGAUCUCAUUGAUGAUAAUGGCGGUGGCAGCAUUGUUAACAAUGAUGCCAACUUGCAUCCAGCCAGUCAGCAGUAUUCAAAUCUUAAAUUCUCCCUCUUUAACUGCGAUAAUCUUAACAAUGCCGACCUGCAGUCAACAACUGCCCAUACAUCUAGUAAUUUACUUAUAUGUGAUGAUAUUCUUAGAAUGGACGAUGAAUCGUCCCAACAGCAAACGGACCACCACCACGAAUGUUACGCCACACUCUCAUGCACAAGUGCUAAUUGUAAAAAUAACAAUUGCAACAACAACAACAAAACAAACCAAAAUCAACAGAAUAGUGCUAAAGACAACGCCGAUCUACAGCAGCAGCAACAACAACAACAACAGCACAGCCAUCAUCAUCAGCAUCACCACCAUCAUCAACAUCAUUUAAACAGCAAUGGUGCUGGCGGAGGGGCCGGCGAUGGCAACAAUGAUUCGACACAAAUGUUCUCUAUACCUCCACAGCAGACGGUAACGAUGAACAUAGAAAUACACAACAGCCUUGGACACUGCGUAAAUAAGGAUGACUCAGCAACAUUCCAUCUAGACGAUAAUAUUGCCAACGCCACAUCCUCCAAUGCUAUGCCCACUACGGUGACAAUACCCUCCUGCUCGAGCGAUGAGUGUUGCAUGCUUAGCCAGCAUUCAGCCCAUCACCACUCACCACACAUGGGUUUCUGUGGCCAUUCGGCCUUUGCUGGCACCUCUGUGGAGGCAACAGUUAGUAGUAUUUUCAAUCCCGAUCACAAUUGUGAUUCGGAGGCCAUCAUUGCAGCGGGCCACCAACAAAGUGAUCUCAACUAUACGACAUUUGAUACAAAUCGUGCACUUUUCGAUUUUACUCAUGAUGAUUUACCACCAUCUCAAUCUAUAAGUAGCCAUUUAGAAUUUAAUUAUAGAUUCUAGUUUCCAAAACUGAAUUAAAUACUAAAUAUUUAAAAAAAUAUAAAAAAAAAGAAAAACAAACUCUAGUUUUAAGCGUGUCUCCGCCGAGUUUACAUAAUGGCUCGAUUUUGUGUUGGAUUGGUUUUAUAGCGUUAGGAAUUUAUUUUCAAAAGAAAAUGGCCACAGUUUAACCAACAAAUUAAAAGUUUUUAACCUUAACUUGUAGCCAUAGUUUAAACAGCAAUUUGUACCUUAAAGGCUGCCAUUUUAACUCAAUUUUCUUAAAACCAAAUUUAGCAGUUGUUUUUAAUGUUUUCCUCUUUUACGGGUUACGAGUUAAAGGAAAGUUUAAACUUAGUUUAAACCUUGUAUAGUUGUGAUAUAUUUUAUUGUUGGUUAAACUAGGAACUUUAGUAAAUUAAACUGUGAUGAAACUUUGUUGUUAGUAUAAAAAAAAUGAGGGAGUUUUCCUAGAAAAGUAUUCCAAUCUAAAGGAUUAAAAAAAAGUAAACUUUAAAGAGCUGUUUUUCGAUGCCAGUGUAAAACGGUUAAAGUGGCAUAUAAAUAAAAUAUUUUUUUACAAAACUAAAUUAGUGUUAGAAAACUACAACAACAAAAGUAAUAAAAACUAUAAAUUUGAAAUAAUUUCAAAACAUAUUAUCCACCCCCCCCCCAUCUACAUCUCUAAGUGUAUUUUUUUUAUAUAAAAUUUUAGUUUUUAACAAAAAUAUAAAUGUCAUACGAGUAUAAAUACUUUAUUGCUAAAUAUGAAAAAAUUAGUUUAUACAUAUAUUCUUAUUAAUAUAUUUACAUGCUUAAGUUUUUAAAAUUAUAUACAAAUAUGAAAGAAAAAAAAAUUAAUUUUAAGUUUUAAAUAUUACUAAAUAUACAUUAAAAAAAAACAACCGUGCAUAGUUAUACAUACAUACAAACAUAUAUUCAUAUAUUAAAGAAAUUAAUUAUUAUACAUUAAAUAAAAAUACCUAAAUAUAAUUUAAAUUUAAUUACAACUUAAAAAUUUUAUUAUGAUUUUCUUCUUUUCUCCCAGAAUUUGAAGUGAAAAAAAUUAAAUCCCUAAUGUCCUCAGUUAUAAAAAAUUCAAGUCUUCUUUAAUUGCUUUGAAAAAGAAAACCUAAAAAUUUUAUAAAAAAAAAUUAUUAAGAAAUAUUCUUAUACCCAUGUAGUAGUUUUUAUAAACAUUAAAUUUUCUAUUAGAUUAUCCUUUCCAUUAACUUCCUUAACCAUCCCCCCAAAAAAAACCCGCCCUUCCCUAUUUGUAGUACUGCAUAAAAAUUUAUUAUAUAUACUAAAGGAAAAACCACAAAAAAAACUUAUUUCAAUAAAAUUAUUUUCAAAUAAAUUUGAAUUGAAAUUUAUAUUAAAAAAAAAAUAUAUGAAAAAUUACA